AUGCGCCUCUUUGCCUUCGGCUCAAACGGCUCCGGUCAACUAGGGAUCGGCCACCAAGAAGACGUCUCCAACCCCACACAAUGUCUCUUCUCCCAGCCCAAGCAAGAACCAGAGCUCCAAAAAACCCAGCAAUUAAACGACGAAAUCACCCACAUAGCAGCAGGCGGCAAUCACACCCUACUACUGACAAAAACCGGCGCCGUCUACGCAGCAGGCUGCAACACCGACAGCCGUUGCGGAGCACAAGAAGACGAGCUUCUCCCCACCUUCCACCGCCUCAGUCUCUGUGACGCGAGUUCAGGCGCGAAGAUCGACUGCUUCAAACUCGUCUCCGCAACCUGGGAAGGCUCCAUUGUUGUCUCUGGUCAAACCGACCGCGAUGCAGUCUACGUCCUCGGCUCAAACCCUAAAGGCGAGCUGGGCUUGCCUACUGAUGUCGUUGCGCUGGGGUCGAGGAUCCCAGAUUUCCCGCCGGAGGGUGCGAGCGUCGUGGCGCUUGCGAGCGGAAUGGCACAUUCUGUGGCUGUGCUUUCUACCGGGGAGGUUUAUGGCUGGGGCGCUGCGAGGAAGGGGCAGCUUGGGGCGCGGAAUCGGGCUGCGAGGGUGCUGCCUGUGAAGGUUGAGGUGCCCUUUUUUGCGGAGAGCGUUGCUUGUGGGAGGGAGUUUACGGUUGUUGAGGGGAAGGGGAAGUUUGUUGUUCUUGGGGACGUGGGGAAUCGGUGGGGUGUCUUGCGUGUGCCGUCUUUGCUUUCAGAUUCUGAGCUGGGUGCAGGUCGGGAUGAUUUACGAGGGGAGGAAGGUGGCGGGUCUAGGGGCUUGGUUCGGUAUCCGUAUACGAGCAUUGGAGCUAGCUGGCAUGGGGUUUAUGUACAUGCUGCGCCGGGGCUAGAAGCGGCAUCUGCCGGCUCUCAUGCAUUGGUCAAUGAUACCGAAUCUGGAUCUGGAUCUGGAUCUGGAUCUGGAUCUGGCUCCCUCAUUGCUUGGGGCCGGAAUGAUCGCGGUCAACUUCCACCUUCAGACCUUCCCACGCCUGUCAUGCUUGCUGUUGGUAGUGAGCAUGUUCUUGCGCUUUUGGGGGAUGGCCAGGUGGCUGCGUUUGGAUGGGGAGAGCAUGGAAACUGCGGGCCAGAUACAGAUUCAAAGGGAAAUGUAUCUGGCACGUACAAUGUGGUCUCGCUUCCUGAAAUCGCGACAGAUGGAAAAGUUGUCGGGGUUGGAGCGGGAUGCGCAACUAGCUGGAUGAUCGUGACUUGA